AUGCGUACCCCGUCCCCGCUCGUCCUACGAAGCGUGGGCAUACGGGCGAGCCCACGCUACCUCGCACGCUUUGCUGUACCCAGGUCAACGAUCCAAGGCGCAAGGACAGUUGCAAACUAUACACACCCUCAUCAUGCAUCGGCACUCUCUGUCUUGCCAACGGUUGUGGAUACCUCGUCUCCCGAGUACCGCGAAAACACCCAGCAAAUGCAAGAGCUUCUCGACCGCAUGACGACCCUCCACACAACAAUCGCACAAGGCGGCCACCAAAAGGCUCGGGAGAAGCACAUCGCCCGCGGCAAGAUGCUCCCCCGUGACCGCGUCUCUGCCCUCAUUGACCCCGGCACCCCCUUCCUUGAACUCUCCCCACUAGCGGGCCACGGCGUAUACGAAGGCGAAGACGUGCCCUCCGGCGGCAUAAUAACAGGUAUUGGAAGCGUCUCCGGCGUAAAAUGCAUGAUCGUCGCCAACGAUAGCACCGUAAAGGGCGGCACCUACUACCCGAUCACGGUAAAAAAGCACCUGCGCGCCCAGACCAUCGCGCAGGAAAACAGGCUGCCCUGCAUUUACCUCGUCGACUCGGGCGGCGCCAACCUGCCGCGCCAGGCAGAUGUCUUCCCGGACCGUGACCAUUUCGGCCGCAUCUUCUUCAACCAGGCCCGCAUGAGCUCCCUCGGCAUCCCCCAGCUCUCCGUCGUCAUGGGCCCGUGUACCGCGGGCGGCGCCUACGUCCCUGCCAUGAGCGAUGAGACCAUCAUCGUCGAGAACCAGGGCACCAUCUUUCUUGCCGGUCCCCCACUCGUGAAGGCUGCAACGGGUGAGAUCGUUUCGGCGGAAGACCUGGGCGGUGGCCAGCUCCAUUCUUCCAUCUCCGGCGUCACGGAUUACCUGGCCGUCGACGAUGCGCACGCGCUGACCCUCGCGCGGCGCUCUGUCGCAAACCUAAACUAUCCCACGACCGACCUCCCGCGCGAGAUUGCAGAGGCGGUGCGAGAGCCACUGUACGACCCGGAAGAAUUGAACGGAAUCGUGGGGACGAACCUGCGACGCCAGAUCCCUGCGCACGAGGUCAUUGCGCGGAUUGUGGAUGGGAGCGAGUUUGCUGAGUUUAAGCGCGAGUAUGGGACGACCUUGGUGACAGGGUUUGCGCGGAUACAUGGUCAUCGGGUUGGGAUUGUAGCAAAUAAUGGGAUCUUGUUCUCCGAAUCGUCGCUGAAGGGGGCUCAUUUCAUUGAGUUGUGUGCCCAGCGGAAGAUUCCGCUGGUCUUUUUGCAGAAUAUCUCUGGGUUCAUGGUCGGUGCUGAUGCCGAGAAAGGAGGUAUUGCGAAGAACGGCGCGAAGCUGGUGACGGCAGUCGCUUGCGCAGAUGUGCCUAAGUUUACGGUUGUUUUCGGCUCGAGUGCUGGUGCUGGUAACUAUGGCAUGUGUGGUCGUGCGUACUCGCCUCGGUUGAUGUUCAUGUGGCCUAAUGCCAAGAUCGGCGUCAUGGGCUCUGAGCAACUGUCUUCCGUCAUGGAAGCUGUUGGCAAAACCGCAGACCCAGCGCUCAAAGACCGUAUAGAUCGCGAAUCCGAGGCCAUUUUCUCCUCUGCUAGGUUAUGGGAUGACGGAGUCAUUCCUCCCGCUCAAACCAGAACCAUGUUAGGGCUGGGUCUGGCAGCUGCUGUUGGCGGGAAAGCAGAGCCCGAUAUCCAGACCAGGUUUGGUGUCUUCCGUAUGUGA